AAUAAAAAUUAAAGAUAAGUAGUCUAUGAUAACCAGUCGUGAAAGUCGAAACGUACAAGGAUUUAAAAGAAAAUUCAAAAAAUUUAAAAGCUGCUUACAUAAAAAUUGUUUGAAGCAGGAUUGAAGAAACGAACAAUUGCGAUACAAAAAAUGAAGACUGCGACUGCGUAACGUUUCCUCAAAAGAGUUCCUCAGGAAUGAUUCUCUGUGAGGAAAACACAUAUGUCAAAUUAUCAUCGACGUGAAUUCUAUUACAAAUGUUGCGAGAACAGAAAAGAGGCUAUAAAGAUGUAAAGUGAGGAUAUUCACCAUGACAUACGAUGCGUACUUCGCCGACGAUAAAUCGAUAACUGGUAUGUCGGUUUCUAAGGCAAGAGGCGCCCCACCAAAGAAUCGAACAUAAUUUGUGGAUGAGUACGAAGGGAAAAAUGAAGAUAGGGAAUAUUAUCGCUGCGGAAAGUGACCGGUCUUUCUUUUUUCACGAGAAAAGAACAUCCGUGAAUAUUCUUCCGAUAUAAAAUCAAUUAUUUAACCACAUAUUUCUUUCGAAAGGAGAAAAUUGUCAAAUUGUACAUCUUUAUACACAUAUACGGCUAUUCGCUAUAGAUUGGCCUUAAUUUUACGACGUCGCGUGUUGCUAUAAAGAACAAAUUACGAAAUAUGCGAUCAAUCGUUGGAAAAGAGGGGAUAAACAAAGCCUCGGCAACUUCCUCGCGAUCAGACACAUGCUAGUACUCAAAGAGAGAUGAUCUGCGUAAAGUCGUUGCAGCUCGAUUUAAAUCGAGUUCUCUUACUGGCGGUCGGUUUAUGGCCUUACGAGCAAUCCAUAUUCGUUCGAUUGCAAUUAAUUUUGUUCUACGGUAUCCUGAUAACCUCUUUUGUAGCUCAACUUGCAACAUUUCUAACGUCGAAAUGCACCUUGCAGUUCGUGAUGGAAAUCUUAUCUGCUGUGAGUUUCUUCAUUUGCUUCAUGAUAAAAUAUAUCACGUUUUGCUUUAAUACCGAUAUUGUGAAACGUUUCUUAGAAAUAAUGCAACAUACUUAUAAUGAACUAACAGAUGAGAACGAAAUCGCUAUUAUAGAAAAGUACGGAACUAUUGCGAAACAUUGCAACUACAUAAUCACAUUGCUCUGCAUGUCCGCGAUAUUUAAUUUUAUAUUUCUCCCGUUCUGGCCGCGAGUUCUGAAUGUCGUAUGGCUUGCAAACGAAUCUCAUUCACUUCCAUUGUUGCAAAUUAAGACGGAGUACUUUUGCAAUCAAGAAAAAUACUUUUAUCUGAUUUUACUUCAUACAAACGCAGUCUUUUGCAUUGGGGAGGUUGUAUUAUUAGCGACAGGAGCGAUUAUCAUAGCAUAUUUAUAUCACGCCUGUGGAAUGUUUAAAGUCGCCAGUUAUCGUAUGGAGCAAGCUGUGAAAAUCAAUACCAUGAAAAUAAAUGACAUGAUGAAUGAGAAUUCAACUUACAAGAUGAUAGUUCAUGCAAUAGAUAUGCAUCGAAAUGCUAUAAAGUCUGCAAAGAUUUUUAUAUCCGAUCUUAAUGUAUGUUUAUUUUUUUUAAUAGCGUUUGGAACAAUUUCCACGAGCCUUAAUCUUUAUCGAAUUUUUCAUGAGUUGACAACUGAAUGUGAUUUCGAAAAGCUAAUAACACCUAUCCUAUUUUUGUUGACUCUGUAUGUGUAUAUGAUUUUCUCCAAUUAUUGCGGACAGAUUGUUAUAGAUCACAAUGAAGAAAUGUUUGCCACCGUAUACAGCAUUCAAUGGUACAGCACUCCAUUACGAAUUCAGAAAAUAAUAUUAUUUCUUCUGCAGAAAGGGACUAAAACUUUUUAUAUGAAUGUUGGGGGAUUAUUUGUCGGAUCCCUGAAAGGUCUCAGUACGCUGGUAAGCACGUCGGUAUCUUACUUCAUGAUUAUGUAUUCUACAAUGACGUAGAAAUUAGAACAGAAUUAAUAAGAAAUAUGUUAUUUCUGAAUGUAGUUAUCACUUAAUUAAAUGAAAAUGAAACAAAACAUCAACGAAACAUCAACAAGAACAAUUAUCACGAAGUUAUUUGCUAUUGCAAUAUGCUUUUCGACAUAUGUACGGUAAUAGAAUAUGUCGCAUAUAAUUUUUAUAUAAUAUUACAUAACAUUGUCUUCGAAUCAAAAUUAUCUUUUAUGGAGAAUGAUGUAUAAUGUAACCCAAUACGAAACAAUGUUAUAUAUUCUUGA